GCCAGCUUAUUUUAUUGGUGAUACACCACCAAAUUGGAGAUGUGCUGCAAGCCUGACGAAUGAAGUUGAUUGGUUGCAUAAUGACACUGUCAUUAGAAAUGGAACACUGCCAGGAACAAAUUUUUUAAUUUGGACUCCAUUAUAUGAUGUUAAUCAAAUCUGGUGUAUAUACUUGUCGUGUGACUACAAUCAGCAUUGGAAUUAACUGUGGAAAUAAAUCUGUUUCGUUACAUGUGAUUGAUCCUUCAUUAAUAACAGUUCCAUUACACCAGUACACAGUCAUCAAUAGCUCAUACACUCUACAGUGUAACUCAUCAGUAUACACCAUUGACAAUACAACAUGGACUUUAAUUACUUCAAAUGAUCCAACACCUUAUGAUAACUCAACUGAUGAAACCAUAAGUCAUACAAUAGUAUCAGGAACAUUCAGCAGUGCUCAGCUAAUGGAUGAUGGACUAUAUCAGUGCAAUGUAUCACUCUAUGGGAGAAACAGACUGUACAAUACUACACUACAUGUUAUUGUUCCUCCAGUCAUUAUAUCUUCUCCUCCACCCAAGGUCCUAGCCUUUGGUCCUAAUAUAACUAACUACACUGUCACAUUUACUAGUACCUCACCUACUGGUAGGACUAUAGUAACAUGGUACAAAGGGAACAGUCCAGUAUUACAAGAGACUGUUAAUACAACCAGUGGUAUAGGAUCAGCCAGUAUACCUGUAUCAAUGAGGAGUGAUAGUGGAAGCUAUAGAGUUAGGGUGAAGACUGAUUUUGGUGAUCAGCUAGUUUAUGUACCUCAAAGUAUACUAUUGGUCAGUGAGACAUCAUACUCAUUUGAUAUUGAUGUAAUUGUGUUUCCUUCUCAUCCAGUGAUUUCAGCCACUCCCUCAUCAUUCAGCAGUACCAUUCAUUGGGUGCAUACCAAUCAAUCUUUGGAUGAUUUACCUGAGUCUAUAAAGCUGGUCCUCUUACUGGAUGGGAUGCUGAUUCACUCUGUUAACAUAUCAAUCAAUGAUACUUUGUUGAACAGUUUUACUUUCGUUAAUUUGAUUCCAGCUACUCAGUAUAGUGUGAGGCUGAUUGUUGCUAAUAGGGACAGGAUUAGCUCUUCAUCACUUCUGACUAACUUCACUACUUUAUCAUCAGUUCCUUCCAUCAAUUCCUUAUCUGCUGUUCGUGUCAGCUCACUUCUCUUCAACAUAACUCUUCAUUUUAAUUAUUAUGGUGGGCGGAGCAUUAACGACAUUAAACUAGGAUACAAGUCAAUUGAAGGAGCUAAUAAUCAUUAUAUAUUCAUUGAUAAUUUGGACUGGAAACGACAGGGGCUUACCCACACUGCUCUAGUGUCAAUCAAUGACACCAGCAUACUGAGAGAAAGGAUUAUACUGUUUGUACGAGUUACUAAUAGCAACGGGAAAAGUGCUGACUCUAACACUAUACAGGAAUAUAUAAAGCCCCUAGGGCCCCCCAGUCCGGUAUCCUUCCACUCAAUAUCAACUGAUUCAGUUAUACUAGCAGUACAGCUGCCAUUGAUUGGUUCUCCUCCAAUCCUCUCUCUCUCUGUCUCUCUCUCCAGCUUCAGACACAAUCACUCACUCCUCAUUAAUGAUAGGAUUUAUUCAUUAGGGGAGGAGCUUGUGAUAUUUAGCAACGAGAGCAGUAAUGGAGGGGGCCCACUGAUGAGUGGUACCACUUACAAUGUAACAAUAUCAGCAGCUAAUUUAUUAGGGUGGAGUCAACAAUCCUCACUUCCUGUCUCAUUCACUACCAUAAUUGAAGAGUCGAUACCGACAGCUACUGUUGCUGAGUCCUCAGGACUAGAAGUAUCAUUAUUGAUUGGCAUUGGUUUGGUUCCUAUUGUCUGUUGUGCUGCCGUUAUUAUUAUUAUUAUAUCUUGCGCUUGUUGUUCAAUGAAAAAGAAAAAUUGUAAAGAAAUACCAAAAAAUGGUUACGCAGUUACACCAGUUGCUGGGAGUAUACCCUCUAAUCAUAACAAUGACGUUCAGAUACAGAAGUUUUUCUCGACCCCACUAGUUCCCAGACCCCCUACAACGGAACCGGCUGAUACCUCAGCCUAUGACUCAGUUCAUGAUAUUGAUACUGAUUCUGAUACAACGCAGAGUCUGAGCCCUAAAUAUAAAUAUGUUAUAUCUCCUACUCCAUCAGAGAUUGGGAUAAAGGGAUAUGUUAGCUCAGUCCCUGGGAGUGGGACUUACAUUUACGUGUAACCAAAGAUCUUUAUACUGGCACUGAGCUUCUUCAUUCUCACCAACUCUUUGGCAAUUAACCCUCUUAUCACUUUGUUCAGUAACAUGAUGCUUCAGUUAUAUAUUCACAUUUUUAUUUCCUUUUUAUUAUUAUUUUUUACAUUCUUAUUUGGCAUAUUUUUUAUUACUUUAAAAACUUCUUAUGUUAUUGUCAUCACUCUCUCCUUUUAAAGAUUUUUAUGCUAUAAAGUACAUUUUAACCAUUAAUUAUUUACAUCAUUGAUCAAAUUAAUAUAUAUU